GAGGCUGUCCUCAGGUGUAUGCAGUCAAGCCGCCGGCUCCUGGUGGUCCUGAGCCCUGCCUACCUGACAGAGAAGAGUGUCAGCCUGCUGGAGUGUCGCUUGGGCCUCUACAUCCAGCUCACCAGCCACGCACACAUCAUCACAGUCCUUUACAGCCCCCUCCCGAGACUACCGGCCUCUUGCACUGAGGCCAAGCAGCUACGCCGCAGUACCGCCACUAUCACCUGGAGGGGACGCCAGUCGGAGCCGUCCACCUCUCGCUUCUGGAAGCGCCUGCGCCUGGCCCUGCCUGUGAGACCGCUGGCUCUGGGGAGGAGGCUCAUCGACAGCACCUCGUCCCACUCCGACCUGGCCACUUCUUUGGGCCAGCAGCGUCAGCCGCAGGGUGCCGCCGGGCCACAGAGACAGAGGGGUGGCAAGAGUGCAGCAAGCAGCGGUGGCAGAGGCAGGGGGCGCAAGUGGAGGAUACAGAGGAUACAGGAGGCGCGCAGCAGAGAGAUGUGGAAGGCGGGCCACGGUAAGAACUGUAGAGUGUGUGUGAGAGAGCCUCGUGGCGUCUUGGGUAGGGCGGCUGUGAAGACCCAGCAUCCACAUCAACCCAUAGCAAACAGUGACAGACCUGUGACCCAACCAAGACUUCAUCCAAGCAGCACAGAGACCCAACUAGGACUUCAUUCAAGCAGCACAAAAGCCCAACCAGGACUUCAUCAAAUCAGUACAGAGACCGAACCAGAACUACAUCCAAGCAGCACAACGACCCAAGUAGGACUCGACCCUAAGAGUACUGAAACUCCAGCAGAACAACCACAUCCUUCCCCUAGCCAACCACAGAACUCUGACAACUGUGCGUGCGACCUACAGUAGAUAACAAUAAAAGCAACAAUAUCAGGCAUGGCUGUGCAUUGUAGAACACUGUCUGAAGACAGGGGCAACUGCAAUAAACUUGACUUACAACUUGCGAAAUGCCAAAGACACAUCGGAUUGGAAUAGCAGAGGAGACAACUUUGUUUCUUAAGUGGAGAAAUGUGGAAAGUCAAUUUUAUGGGUAUGUAAUGAAAAACAUUUGACAUUAAAUAUAAAA